CAGCCGGCCGCCUCUCUCCGCCCCGAGUUGCCGCAGCUUACGCCGCUUUCGGCCUCCGCGGCCUGAAGGGGGAAAAAAAAAAAAUUAAAAAAAAUCUGAAAACGCUUUAAAAAAUCUUAAAAAAAAAAAAAAAAACAGUAAAAGAAAAAAAAAAGAAGGGAAGAAAGAAGAGAGUCCUCAGAGCACCCGCGGAGAAGUCACGUUCGCACGCUUCCAGCCAGCCCACCCGCCCUCCGCCGCACCUGGACGCCGGUCUGUCUGUCCGUCCGUCCGUCAGUUCGCCCACCCGGUGGUGAGCCGCCCGCGCCGCGUGGCCGCCCCGCGCCCCGACCCCGGCUCCCGCGACCACGUGUCCGCGCUGCCCUUCGCCGCCCGGCGCGGGAGGGAGCGAGCCCGGCCCGGCGGCGCCCACACCUCCUGCCGGCCGCUGUAAUCCUAAACCACCGGCCGCCCGGGGCCUUUAUUUAUAGCGGGACGCGCGUCCCGGAGGCCGCCUCGUGAAGGAACUGGAUCGUUUGCGGCAGACCCCUCGUUUUUAAUUUAUAUAUAUAAUUUUCCCCUUGUCCCACUGAAAUUGGGCUUCAGCCCGGGACAGUGCGAGUCACAAACUCCCGGCGAGGAGAAAGCCUGCUACUUAUCUUGUCCUUCCGACAGGCUUUUGUCUGCGGGCUUGCAGCGUCGCGCGAGCCGCCCCUCAACUUGGACCCGCCGCGGGGCGAGCGCGCGCUGCCACCUGUGAGCCGGCGCGGCCGCCGGCGCGAGCCCUCCCGCCCGCUGUCCUUCUGUCCGGCGGGGUCCCUCUGAGGAGUCCUCCUGGCGGGGCUCGGGGUGGUGGGGGCCGGGGAGAUGAACGCUGCGGCCAGCAGCUACCCCAUGGCCUCCCUGUACGUGGGCGACCUGCACUCGGACGUCACCGAGGCCAUGCUGUACGAGAAGUUCAGUCCCGCCGGGCCGGUGCUGUCCAUCCGGGUCUGCCGCGACAUGAUCACCCGCCGCUCCUUGGGCUACGCCUACGUCAACUUCCAGCAGCCGGCGGACGCUGAAAGGGCCUUGGAUACUAUGAACUUUGACGUGAUUAAGGGGAAGCCUAUCCGCAUCAUGUGGUCUCAGCGGGAUCCUUCUUUGAGGAAAUCUGGCGUGGGAAAUGUCUUCAUCAAGAACCUGGACAAAUCUAUAGAUAACAAAGCGCUUUAUGAUACCUUUUCUGCUUUUGGAAACAUUUUGUCCUGUAAGGUGGUAUGUGAUGAGAAUGGAUCUAAGGGUUAUGCCUUUGUCCACUUCGAGACCCAAGAGGCUGCCGACAAGGCCAUCGAGAAGAUGAACGGCAUGCUGCUCAAUGACCGUAAAGUGUUUGUAGGCAGAUUUAAGUCUCGAAAAGAGCGGGAAGCUGAGCUUGGAGCCAAAGCUAAGGAAUUCACCAAUGUGUAUAUUAAAAACUUUGGGGAAGAGAUGGAUGAUGACAGUCUGAAAGAACUAUUCAGUCAGUUUGGUAAGACCCUAAGUGUCAAGGUGAUGAGAGAUCCUAGUGGAAAAUCCAAAGGCUUUGGCUUCGUGAGUUAUGAAAAACAUGAGGAUGCCAGUAAGGCCGUGGAAGACAUGAACGGAAAAGAAAUUGGUGGAAAAGUUAUAUUUGUAGGCCGUGCACAGAAGAAAGUAGAACGACAGGCUGAAUUAAAAAGGAAAUUUGAACAACUGAAACAAGAGAGGAUUAGUCGGUACCAGGGUGUGAAUCUCUAUAUUAAGAACUUGGAUGACACCAUUGAUGAUGAAAAGUUGCGGAAAGAGUUUUCUCCUUUUGGAUCAAUCACCAGUGCGAAGGUAAUGUUAGAGGAUGGUAGAAGCAAAGGGUUUGGCUUUGUCUGCUUCUCCUCGCCUGAAGAGGCAACCAAAGCAGUCACUGAGAUGAAUGGACGCAUCGUGGGCUCCAAGCCAUUAUAUGUUGCCCUGGCCCAGAGGAAGGAGGAAAGGAAGGCUCACCUAACCAAUCAGUACUUGCAGCGGGUGGCUGGAAUGAGAGCACUUCCAGCUAAUGCCAUCCUAAAUCAGUUCCAGCCUGCAGCUGGUGGUUACUUUGUGCCAGCAGUUCCACAGGCUCAGGGAAGACCUUAUUACACACCUAACCAAAUAGCACAAAUGAGGCCUAAUCCACGCUGGCAGCAAGGUGGGAGACCUCAAGGCUUCCAAGGAAUGCCAAGUGCUAUACGCCAGUCCGGGCCUCGUCCAACACUGCGCCAUUUGGCUCCAACUGGUAAUGCUCCGGCCUCUCGCGGCCUCCCUACUACCACUCAGAGAGUCGGGUCUGAGUGCCCGGACCGCUUGGCUAUGGACUUUGGUGGGGCUGGUGCCGCCCAGCAAGGGCUGACUGACAGCUGCCAGUCUGGAGGCGUUCCCACAGCUGUGCAGAAUUUGGGACCUCGUGCUCCUGUAGCUGCUGCUGCCCCUCGAGCUGUUGCACCUUACAAAUAUGCUUCCAGUGUCCGAAGUCCUCACCCCACCAUGCAGCCUCUGCAGGCACCCCAGCCUGCCGUGCAUGUGCAGGGCCAGGAACCUCUGACUGCUUCUAUGUUGGCUUCAGCACCCCCCCAGGAACAGAAACAGAUGCUGGGUGAACGUUUGUUCCCUUUGAUCCAAACCAUGCACUCAAACCUGGCUGGGAAGAUUACAGGAAUGCUCUUGGAAAUUGAUAACUCAGAGCUGUUGCACAUGCUGGAGUCGCCAGAAUCUCUCCGCUCCAAGGUAGAUGAAGCUGUGGCUGUUCUACAGGCUCAUCACGCUAAGAAGGAAGCUGCCCAGAAGGCGGGUGCUGUUGCUGCUGCUACCUCUUAGACAAAGAGAACAUAAUUCAAAAGCCAAAUAACCCCUUGUGGAAUUCAACUCAAUGUUUGAAGACUUUCUGCUUGUCCUAUGGACUUCUUCAGCAAGAACCACAGUUACAAAUUUUGUCAUUUUGUAUCAAAAGGUUAAUUAUGAAACGCCUAGGAUUUUUCAAUUAAAGAGAUAUAUUCUCUGAACCCAGAGAAUCUAUAUAUAACCCAGAUAGUGUUAACUUUUUUCUAUUGUGGGUUUUAAUUCCCCCCCACCUCUGGAAUUGGUUUUAUUUGAUGUAACUAAGACUUAAGUUUCUCAAUAAAGGAAAAAAAAUC